GCUAAUUAUGAGAGGUGGCAGCCUUUCCCAUCCCUCCACUCCUUACUAUCUCUUCAUUCAGUCCUGCAGGUCGUAAUGUGUACAACAAACAAUCAACGAUAACAAGACGUUUCUUCUACCAGCAUCACGGAUACAUCUGGAUAAACUGUGGGUUAAUUUGGUGUCUACAGGAGAGCAGAAUGUCUAAUAACAUGGCCAAGAUUGCAGAUGCACGAAAAACAGUGGAACAAUUGAAACUGGAGGUUAAUAUUGACAGGAUGAUGGUAUCUAAAGCAGCAGCUGAGCUGAUGGCUUACUGUGAGACCCAUGCAAAAGAAGACCCCCUGGUGGCCCCCGUACCAUCCUCAGAAAACCCCUUCAGAGAGAAAAAGAUUUUUUGUGAAAUUUUGUAGUGUUUAUUUUGAAUCCACAAGGUUUAUUUGAUUAUUUUCUAGGAUAUUUCCAAGAUAUUUUUCGCUGAUUCCCUAAAUGUCACUUAAAUGUUAACAAGUGUGAGUAAUCUCUCUAUCUCCCUAUGUCGUCUUCAAGAACUGCGCUAUUUCAGGAUUCUUUGUUUUGGAAUUUUCAUUUAUCCAGGUCACUGUUUAAAUUAUAAUUUAGACUUUAUUGAUAUAUUAUUUUUCCUCAUGGUGGCGCUACAGUUUUCAAAUAUCUGUCAAUCGUCAUUCCCCCAUACAGCUGCUGUGAGUGUUUGGUGAGGUUGCUUAGUCUCAGAACAGCAAUAAAAGAAGAGAGAGCAAAGUUCA